AUCCUCAACGUAUCCAUCUUUUUCCAUUUUCCCCAAAACGGAAUGCCUAGUGCCACCGUGCCCUCAUCCCUCAUUCACCUCUUCCUUCUUAUUUUGGGCACAGCCUUGGCCCGUGAUCCAUUUGCUUGCGACCCAAGAGAUGCCGCAACAGCUGGCUUGUCCUUCUGCCGGACAUCAUUGUCCAUACAAGAGAGGGUGAAGGACUUAUUGGAACGGUUGACGAUGGAGGAGAAGGUUAGGCUGCUAGUAAACAAUGCCGCCGCAGUCCCAAGGCUGGGGAUCAAAGGGUAUGAGUGGUGGUCAGAGGCACUUCAUGGCGUCUCAAAUACUGGCCCUGGAGUCAAGUUUGGUGGUGACUUUCCGGGCGCCACUAGCUUCCCUCAAGUCAUCACCACCGCUGCAUCUUUCAAUGCUACAUUGUGGGAAGCAAUCGGACGGGUUGUGUCAGAUGAAGCAAGGGCUAUGUAUAAUGGUGGUGCAGGGGGACUCACCUACUGGAGCCCGAAUGUGAACAUUUUCAGAGACCCUAGGUGGGGUCGAGGCCAAGAGACACCCGGCGAGGACCCGAUGGUGGCUGGUGUAUAUGCAGCAAGCUAUGUUAGAGGAUUGCAGGGAAAUAAAGGUGAUCGCCUCAAGGUUGCGGCUUGCUGCAAGCACUUCACCGCCUAUGACCUCGAUAAUUGGAAUGGCGUCGAUAGGUUCCACUUCAAUGCUAAGGUAACAAAGCAGGACAUUGAGGAUACCUUCGAUGUGCCGUUCAAGAUGUGUGUAAUGGACGGCAACGUAGCAAGUGUGAUGUGUUCUUACAAUCAAGUUAAUGGUAUUCCCACUUGUGCUGAUCCUAAUCUCCUAAAGAGAACAGUUCGGGGUCAGUGGGGACUAAACGGAUACAUUGUUUCAGAUUGUGAUUCGGUUGGUGUAUAUUACGAUACCCAACAUUACACAUCAACCCCAGAGGAAGCAGCAGCAGAUGCUAUUAAAGCAGGUUUGGACCUAGAUUGUGGGCCUUUCUUGGCGGUCCAUACUCAAGAUGCUGUGAACAAGGGCUUGUUGAGUGAGGCUGAAGUUAGUGGUGCAUUGUCUAACACGCUUGCUGUCCAAAUGAGACUUGGCAUGUAUGAUGGUGAGCCAUCGGCACAGGUAUAUGGGAACUUGGGUCCAAGAGAUGUGUGCACCCCGGCUCACCAAGAACUUGCCCUGGAAGCCGCAAGACAAGGCAUUGUUUUGCUCAAAAACCAAAACCCACCUUUGCCCUUAUCCCAUCUUCGUCACCGCACAGUCGCAGUCAUUGGACCUAACUCCAAUGUCACUGAUACCAUGAUUGGAAACUAUGCUGGUGUUCCAUGUCGAUACACAACUCCUCUCCAAGGAAUUGGGAGCUAUGCUAGAACAAUUUAUCAACCUGGCUGUGCUAAUGUAGCUUGUUCUGACAACCAGUUGUUUGGUGGGGCAAUUAAUGCUGCCCACCAAGCAGAUGCAACGGUUCUUAUAAUGGGACUUGACCAAUCUAUUGAGGCCGAAUUCAAAGACAGGAAUGGACUACUUCUACCAGGGCGCCAGCAAGAUCUUAUAUCCCAAGUAGCCAUGGCCUCCAAGGGUCCGACCAUAUUGGUCUUGAUGUCUGGUGGGCCUCUUGAUGUGUCAUUUGCUAAAAAUGAUCCACGGAUUUCUGCCAUUAUCUGGGCAGGGUACCCGGGCCAGGCUGGGGGAGCAGCAAUUGCAGAUGUAUUGUAUGGAACAACAAAUCCUGAAGGGAAGCUGCCUAUGACAUGGUACCCACAGGCCUAUGUUUCAAAUUUGCCAAUGACAGAAAUGUCAAUGCGACCAAGUUCAAUUAAAGGUUAUCCAGGAAGAACAUACCGAUUUUACAAAGGUCCGACGGUGUACCCAUUUGGGCACGGGUUGAGUUACACCAACUUCGUUACCGCCAUUGCUAGUGCACCAACUGUGGUGAAAGUCCCUAUUGAUGGCUGCCACCAUUCCAGCAAUUGCACAUUUUCUAACAAGGCAAUCAAGGUCAACCACGCGAAAUGCAAGAAGUUAUCACUUGGUCUUCAAGUAAACGUGAAGAAUGUUGGGUCCAAGGAUGGCACUCACACAUUACUAGUCUUUUCCGAGCCCCCUGCUGGCCCUUGGGCUCCUCACAAGCAAUUGGUUGCAUUUGAGAAAGUACAUGUUCCAGUUGGGGCACAGCAGAGAGUCGGAGUCAGUAUCCAUGUGUGCAAGUUCUUAAGCAUUGCGGAUGUAGCAGGAGUUCGAAGAAUUCCUUUGGGUGAACACAAUCUUCGCAUUGGUGAUGUUAUGCACACCGUUUCGCUUCAAGCCACAGCUCAUGGGUAAUAAAAUCUCGAUUUUUUUGCGAGAUGGCAAAUCAAAGCCAUGCUACUCAAAUAUUCUUACUUCAAGUUUGUAAAAAACUUGAUCAUAGUCAACAAAAAGUAAAGAAAAAAUAAAAGGGAAAAGGGGAAAAAGAAGAGAAAUAGAGUUUCAAUUAGUGGCAAAGAAAAGAAGAUGGAAAGCAUCACAUUUGUCAAAUUUCACCCUCCAAUUAGUUGGAUGGUUCAUUUUUUUCAUGAAUUGUACCAUUGUUUUCUAAUCCUCCUUUUCCCUCAAUGUUAGUGGACCUUUUAGUAAAAUUCUAAAUUCUUA